AUGAUGACGGACAAAGAAGUGGAAAACGCUGUUAGUGACCUUAAACGAUAUGUCGCCGAGCUACGAGCAAUUCCCAACAAAGUCAGCAAGUUUCACAUCUGCGACUCCGAAGGUGGGGGGAUACUGGACUGGCGCAUCCCUGACAGCCAGUCAGAGGUAUUACGCUUCCAUUCAGAGACCGAAUUUCACAACUAUCUCACUAGGGUUAUGACGGAUGAUACUCCAAAGAAAAAUGUCAAGUCACAUGGCAUCCCACACAAGAUCGUUUUUACGCAUGGUGAUCUAAAUCCUAGGAACAUUCUCGCUGAAGAUGGCAGGAUCACCGGCAUUAUCGAUUGGGAGAAUGCGGGCUUUUUCCCUGAGUAUUGGGAGUACACCAAGAUGCAUUACACAGUUCGCAGCUUGAGUCGGUGGCUAGUUGAUGUGGUCGAACAAGUAUUUGGGGGCUACAGAGAUGAGCUGCACGUGGAGAACAUGUUGUCUGAUUUAACAGGUCCUUUUUAA